CUCUCUCUCAGCAUUUACAGCUUCCCCUCCAUUAAAUGCAAUGGCACCCUCUCAAUGCGCUCUGCAAUAACUCUUCACUGCCACAAUUUUCUCAUCUGUUCCCUCUAUCUCCUUCCCUUUCUCUCCCCUUUCCUUGCCUCUGCAUCAUCAUCAUCAUCAACUUCUUCUUCUUCUUCUUUAUAUCUGUCACUUUCUUGCUUGACCCCAUCUCUUUCUGCAACCCCAACACCAACGUCUUAUACCAUUAAAGUUCAAACCCAAACCACCUGCUUUACCUCUUUCGCAGCACCCCAUAGCAGUUUACCGGCAACCCUAAAUAGAUCCCAAAUCUCUCUCCUUCCUGAGGCUUUUCUAGUGUUCUUUAUUAGGUCAAAAAUUUCUUUGCAGCCAAGUUUUGGCAAAUACGAAGAAAGAAACGGAAGAAAGUUGGUUUUGAGACAGCUACAGAGAAGGCAUAGUUGGAUUCUGCGUGGUCUUCGUUGGGACGUUAUUUUUUAAUAUUUGUCAACAUUUAAUUUUCUUUUAUAGAUUCUCUCUCGCUUAUACAUUGGCAUGUAAGAAUCAAAUAUUCUUGGAGGAUAAGUAUAUAAAUAAACCGAAGGUCCGAAGGAGAGAAUCUUUUCAGCUGCUAAAAAGGAAAAAAAAAACCAGUCAGCUUUGUUUUGUCACUCCAUGUUAAAUAAUCUAAGGAAAACAUAUCAAUCUGAAAAGGGUCGUCUCAACUCAAAUCGAAGGACAAUUUAAGUAGUUUGAACGAGUCCAAGAAGCUAUCGUAUAUGAACAAAUAUUGCUUAGGGCUUUUGGGAUUCUGAAAUAUGCCAGCCGGAGUGAUGAUUCCGGCUAGAAACAUGCCGUCGAUGAUCAGCGGAAACGGGAAUGUUACUGGUUUUGGAACAUCUUCAGGACUUAUCCUUGGACAGAUAAUGUUCCAGCCUAACAGCAUGAUGGAAGGUCAACUCCACCCUCUUGAGAUGACCCAAAACACAUCUGAAAGUGAAAUUGCUCGAAUGAGAGAUGAGGAAUUUGACAGUACAACCAAAUCCGGUAGUGAAAAUAAUGAAGGUGCCUCUGGGAAUGAUCAAGAUCCUCGUCCCAAAAAGAAGCGUUACCAUCGCCAUACCCAGCAUCAGAUCCAAGAAAUGGAGGCAUUUUUCAAAGAGUGUCCACACCCAGAUGACAAGCGAAGGAAGGAACUUGGGCGUGAGUUAGGGUUAGAACCAUUGCAAGUGAAGUUUUGGUUCCAAAACAAGCGCACCCAAAUGAAGACCCAGCAUGAGCGCCAGGAUAACACACAGCUUCGAACCGAGAACGAAAAGCUAAGGCUUGACAACAUGCGGUACAGGGAGGCUCUGAGCACUUCUUCAUGCCCAAAUUGUGGAGGUCCAACUGCUGUAGGACAAAUGUCCUUUGAUGAACACCAUCUGAGACUUGAAAAUGCUCGACUAAGAGAAGAGAUUGAUCGUAUAUCAGCAAUAGCAGCAAAGUAUGUUGGCAAGCCAAUGCUGAACUAUCCUCUACUUUCUUCUCCUAUGCCUCCUCGACCACUUGAUUUCGGUGCACAACCUGGCACUGGAGAGAUGUAUGGUGCCGGGGAACUUCUUAGGUCAAUCGGUGCACCUACUGAGGCUGAUAAGCCGAUGAUUAUCGAGCUUGCGGUGGCAGCUAUGGAGGAACUAGUUAGAAUGGCUCAAAUGGGUGAACCCUUAUGGAUCACCAGUCUUGAUGGCACAAACUCCAUGCUGAAUGAAGAAGAGUAUAUUGGCACGUUUCCUAGGGGAAUUGGGCCAAAACCUACUGGCGUCAAAUGCGAAGCUUCAAGAGAAACUGCUGUUGUUAUCAUGAACCACAUUAACCUUGUCGAGAUUCUUAUGGAUGUGCAUCAGUGGUCAACUGUGUUUUCGGGAAUAGUUUCAAAGGCUUCAACUUUGGAUAUUCUAUCAACAGGGGUAGCAGGGAAUUAUAAUGGAGCCCUGCAAUUGAUGACAGCUGAAUUUCAAGUCCCUUCACCUCUUGUCCCAACUCGUGAGAGUUACUAUGUAAGAUACUGCAAACAGCAUGCAGAGGGAACUUGGGCUGUGGUUGAUGUUUCAUUGGAUAAUUUACGCUCUAGUCCAACUGUGAGAUGCCGAAGAAGGCCAUCUGGAUGUUUAAUUCAAGAAAUGCCCAACGGGUACUCAAGGGUUACAUGGGUUGAGCAUGUAGAAGUGGACGAUAGAGGUGUUCACAAUCUAUACAAGCAGCUGGUAAGCUCCGGUCAUGCUUUCGGAGCAAGACGUUGGGUUGCCACUUUAGAUCGACAGUGCGAGAGGCUUGCAAGUGUCAUGGCUACUAACAUUCCCACUGGUGAUGUUGGGGUCAUAACAAAUCAAGAUGGGAGAAAGAGUAUGCUGAAGCUAGCUGAGCGAAUGGUAAUAAGCUUCUGUGCUGGAGUGAGUGCCUCUACUGCUCACACAUGGACGACAUUAUCUGGAACUGGAGCUGAUGAUGUAAGGGUCAUGACAAGAAAGAGUGUAGAUGAUCCAGGUAGACCUCCUGGGAUUGUGCUAAGUGCUGCAACUUCCUUCUGGCUUCCUGUUUCACCAAAAAGGGUAUUUGAUUUCCUUCGAGAUGAGAAUUCUCGAAGUGAGUGGGAUAUUCUUUCUAAUGGUGGAGUUGUCCAAGAAAUGGCACACAUUGCUAACGGUCGGGAUACAGGCAAUUGUGUUUCACUACUUCGAGUAAAUAGUGCAAAUUCAAGCCAAAGCAACAUGCUGAUUUUACAAGAGAGUUGCACUGAUCCAACAGCCUCUUUUGUAAUCUAUGCUCCUGUCGAUAUUGUUGCCAUGAAUGUAGUCCUAAAUGGAGGGGACCCGGACUAUGUCGCCCUUCUUCCCUCAGGUUUUGCUAUUCUGCCCGAUGGAACUACAGCGACUGCUGGUGGCAUUGCUGAUGCCGGGUCUGGUGGAUCUCUUCUAACUGUUGCAUUUCAGAUUUUGGUUGACUCAGUUCCUACCGCGAAACUUUCUCUUGGAUCGGUUGAAACAGUUAACAAUCUGAUUGCAUGCACCGUUGAAAGGAUAAAGGCUUCACUAUCAUGCGAGAACGCAUGAACUGCCACAGCUUUAAAUUGUAGCUAGCUAGUGAUUAACAGGAGAAGGAAAGAACAAUGGUGUCAAUGAAUUUUGGAAUUAUAGAAGAAGGGGAGAAGUCAAGAGCGCACCUUGCAUAUAUGAUCCUCUUUGACAUUUGUUUGGGGGAAACGAAAGUGACCUAAGCAAAUUCAUCUAGUGUUCAAUAUCAGUUAGAGGUUCGGGAAUUGACUUCCCCAAGAAAAAAUAUAAAACCAAAAUGAAAGCAUGCAAAGAACUUUUUAUAUUUGCAAAAGUGGGUUUAAAUCAAUGUUCAAGGUUUUAGAGUUUUGUUUAACGGAAUUUUUAGUUUCUUUAA